CGCCAACCAAAGCGCCCGCGAGUCUAGUUCCUACGCCGUCACCAUUACAGAACUUUUCUUUCGCUAGAAAUAAAAAACCGUAAGAUGGUUGUUAAAAGUCGGCUCCGCCAGGCAAUUAUUGCCGAAAAGGGAAUUGAUAUGAAGAAGAAAAAGCAGCGCCGUGACGAUAAGCUCAACUCCAAGCAGGCUGCUGGCGCUGAGAGGUCUGACGACGACGUUUCUGAUGAAGAACUCAAGUUUGAUCUCGACGCUGUUAAUGACAGUGAUACGUCCGAUUCAUCGGUUGACAUGGAAGAACGACUUCCCCGUCGAUCUACAGCCAAUGCCAAGGCACAGGCGACAAAACAAGUAACCAACGAAGACGAUGAUGAAGAAGAAGACGAAGAAGAAGACGAUAUUCCUGUUUCUGAUCUUGAAGAUCUCGAUGAGGAAGACCGAGAAGACCUAGUUCCUCAUACUCGCCUUACCAUCAACAAUACCUCAGCCCUCCUUACUUCUCUCGAGCGCAUAUCGAUACCUACCGACAGUUCCGUUCCUUUCGCCUCACAUCAAUGUGUUAUUUCACAAGCCCAGACCUCUGAUUCCAUCCCCGAUGUAUCCGAUGAUCUUCAAAGAGAACUGGCCUUUUACUCGCAAUGUUUGGAGGCUGCCAAGAUUGGUAGAGCUAAGCUCAUCAAAGAAGGUGUUCCUUUCUCAAGACCUAAGGAUUACUUUGCAGAAAUGGUUAAGGAGGAUGCUCAUAUGGAGAAGGUGAAGGCCAAGCUUGUUGAAGAAGCCUCAAACAAGAAGGCUGCAGCUGAGGCCCGUAAAUUGAGAGACUUGAAAAAGUUCGGCAAGCAGGUGCAGGUCGCUAAGCUCCAGGAACGCCAGAAGGCUAAGAAGGAGACGUUGGAGAAGAUCAAGACUCUCAAGAGAAAGCGACAAGAAUCUAACGGCGACACUGGAGGUGCUACCGAGGCCGACCUGUUUGAUAUCGGUAUCGAUAAUGAGAUUGGAAAGCCUAGCCGUGGCAAAACUGGUGCCGGUGUCAACGCUAAGCGAGUCAAAAAGAACGAGAAGUACGGAUUCGGUGGUAAAAAGCGACACGGCAAGUCUGGCGAUGCUAUGAGCUCCGGUGACCUCAGCGGAUUUAAUGCCAAGAAAAUGAAGACCAAGGGUAAAGCCACCAGACCAGGCAAAGGCCGAAGAAAAGCCAUGUCAUCCAAGUAGAUUAUUUCUGUAGUUAAAUAGGAACGGUUUUGUCUUUGAUAUUUGCCAUACUUGCAUUUGCUAUUACCAUGCUCC